UGGCCUGGAAACGCCUCGGAAUCCCCCCGGAAGAGCUGGAUGAAGUUGGGAGAGGGAAGUCUAGGCGUCCCUGCUAAAGCUACUGCCCCCGCGACCCGACCUCAGAUAAGCGGUAGAAAAUGGAUGGAUGGAUGGAUAUCUUAUGAAAAUCGGUUGAUAAAUGACCAAGUCAUGACUUCAUUUCAAUAUCCAUAUAUUGGCUUGUAUGGGAACGACGACCUUCCCAACAUGGCCGCUAUGUAGGCACGUCAGUUACUGGUCCUCUAAGCGCGCUGACGUAAACACACCCACAGCAAAUCGUCAGCACGCAUGCGCAGUGUAGGUCUCAUGAUCACGUGACUGCGUGUCUUCCGGGUCUGUACUGCGGAUGGCGGAUUAGUCCGGUGAGGAGGAUGAACUCGAUCAAUGGCACCAGGAAGAAAGUCUGCAGGCAGCAGCAGCAAGUGAACAGCAUUGCAGCUUGUGAUGCUGACGCACUGACUGAAAUUAAAGAUCUAUUCAGUAAAUCGAGAACCUACAUCAACCCGUCCAAUGACGAGUGGUGCAGCCCUAAUGCGACUGUCGCUUUUAGACAUCAUGUGAAAGUGCAAAACCGCCACCUUCAGGCCCUGAAGGUGUCCCUCAACGCUGUGAAGAACCAGCUCAGUGAUAAGAACAUCGAAGUGUGGCAUGAGCACACCAACUCCACUAACCGGGCGGGGAAGGUCAUCGCCACGGUGCGCUCCGCCGCCAAUGCAGAAAUAUGCACGCAGGCGUGGUGCAAGUUCUAUGAGAUCCUGGGAACGUUCAGGCUUCUUCCUGAGGAGGCGCUUUACUCCGGGGAGCUCAACACGGUUCACCUGUGUGAAGCGCCUGGGGCUUUCAUCAGCGCUCUGAACCACUAUGUCAAAACGAGUGAGCGCACACGUUACUGCGACUGGAGCUGGGUCGCCAACACGCUCAACCCGUACCACGAGGCCAACGCAGGAGGCGCCACCAUCGCAGAUGAUCGGUUAAUCGCCAAUACUCUGCCGUGGUGGUUUUUUGGGUCAGACAACACUGGCGACAUCAUGCUCCAAAAGCACCUACUGGAGCUGCAGACGUUCGUGGCAAACAUGCGUCGAGUCGAUCUGGUGACAGCAGAUGGGAGUUUUGAUUGUCAGGAGAACCCCGAUGAGCAGGAGGCGCUGGUGACGCCGCUGCAUUACUGCGAGGUGACCGCCGCGCUGUUGCUUCUGAGCCCCGGCGGCUCCUUUGUGCUCAAAAUGUUCACGCUGUACGAACACUCCUCUGUCUGUUUGCUCUACCUGCUCAACUGCUGCUUCGGCUCCGUCAGCGUCUUCAAACCUGCCACCAGCAAGGCUGGCAAUUCCGAAGUUUAUGUCGUGUGUCUCGGCUACGACCGCAAGGAGGCUGCGAGGCCUCUGCUCUCCAAGCUCAUUCGGAAUUACGGCGCACAUCUGGCGGAGAGAGAAGCGCUUUUCCCAGAAUCCUCGAUCCCAGCCUCGUUCCUCACACAGCAUGAAGAGAUGUGCACGUACUUUCACUCUCUGCAGGUGGAGACCAUCACAGAAAACUUGAGAUUGUUUGAAGGAAUGAGUGCCGAGCACCGGGAGAGGCUCGACUACAUCAGGGAUUGUACGGCUCAGGACUACCUGCAACGUUUCCAGGUGACAUUCCUCCCUCGGAGUCAAUGGAUCUCCCGUAAUGCCGUCAGCCCCGCCUGCUGCCGCGUCUCGGUGGGCCGACCAUUGGGGCCGAAGAAGCAAGCCGCGGGCUCCUUCAAUGAGCGCAGGGAAUUGCAGUCUCUGAGCUGGAAGCAGCGCGUGGAGAGGGGUUGCCAUGCCGACUGGAUACAGCAACACCGCUGUGAGACCGAAGAGACGGCCUGCGUGCUGCAAGGACCUCUGUCCGGCUGUCACGUGGAUUCCUGGUACGUUAUUGUCGGUGCAGCGCUGCCCGCGGUUAGAAACUCUCCAUUCUGUGCUGGAGUCUUGUUAGACUAUGUGACUCAAGCACAGCUGGCCUCAGACUUGAAUCAGGUGCCUUCCUGUGACUCAUGCCACAUUUUUAGCGCCGCCUCCAUCUUGUCAGACGUGGCAGGUCUUUGCACCGACAGUAACGGGACGAAAAAGACAAGGCAGUGUAUGGUGUUCGGCAGCCGCUCAGAUUGGGACGCCUGUGGGAGCAAAAUUGAAGAGCUACUUCUCACAUUUCCUUCAGAUGGUUCAUAUCCUCGAGGAGGCCGCGAGAUGCUGCAUGACGCGGCGCCGCCGUACCAGCAUGAGCUCGUCGGCUGGCUCGUGCUGUCCCUCCGGAGCCUAACUUCUGGGGACGCCCUCUUGCUGCCCGUGCCGUCUGCACUCACCCGUGUCUCGGCUGCGCUCGUGCUCUGCUUGCACGUUUGUUUCCGCUCAAUCAAGUUCAGGUGCCCGCCGCCUGAAGGCGGCGUCGGAGCGCUACUCGUAUGCGCCGGCUUUUGCCCCGACGCUGCAGCCCGCAUCCUCCCAGCCUUGACAGAAGUCCAGAACUGUAUUGGCGAACUGCUAAAAGGAGAAGAUGCAGGUAAAUGUCAGUUGGAGUGUGACAGACAGGUGCUACAAUUUGUGCCCAUGGAGGAACUGCUCAAUGGAGGAUUGACGGAAUUCCUGCGGACCAUGAACUCUGAAAUUAUGCGACACAGACUGCAUUUGCUCAUGCAGGCAUAGAACAGGCGAGACAAUACCAGCUAACGCCUUAAAAAGCAUUGUACUAUUUUAUUUAUAUGGAAGCUGAUUUUUGAGCAUUGCUCAGUACUUUUUUGGGGGAGAGUGGGGGCGCUAUCAUGAUCCUAGUUUGCCAAUUUGUUUAUUUCAUAGUCCACAUACAGUAGAACCUCCAAAGUCGAACGCAAUCCAUGACAGCAGUAGUCCCUAACUAGUACCCUAUUAUACCAAAUAUUUUGAUGGUCCGGCAUAGGAACAAAUAAAAACAAAUAAUAAACAAAUACAACUCACCAUUAAACUGAAUGUAGUGGUUGUAAUAAGUGGGAGCCCUGCGCCUGUUUCUGUCAACGAACCGGUCCCAUCUUGGGGUAAUUUAAAAAAAAACUCAAUGUCAUGUCUUUUGAUGCCCUGUGCUUGGUCCCUAUGUGCUGCUGCUGCAGUUCUGAUGGCUUCUCUGCCUCAUUUACCAGCAUGUCGCCACGUUUUACACAGGAUGAAUCCAAAUCACUUGUCGCAAUAAACCUGUUUCUUAAAGGGGGAGUUUUCAUUUAAAAGAAACAACAACACUUUUUAUCAUUUGUUAAAACCUUAUAAACCUGAAAGUUGUAUAUUAGUAAAAUGAUCUGUGAAAAGAAUCGUGUACUUAUAAUGAUUUUUAACAAACCACUAAUCCAACAAAAUGCGGGUUACUCAGUUGCUGUGCACUGGCGGACACACUCACAGUUGUUCACCGGCACACGCCAUGCAGCCUUUUACCCUCCAGCUCGCCGUAAUGAAAUUCUCGCUAGCUUGUUAGCUUACUUUUUUUCUGUAUCAUGUGACUAUGACGAGCGUUUUUGACAGAGGCACGUGCAGCUGCGCCUGAUUUUCACAAAUCUAUUUUAGACUGAUCAAUGAAAUAAUUUUUCUCCAGUCUCUCUCUGCGGCCCAGUGAUAGGGGGGACCGUCAACCUAAGUUGAACUGUACAUAUUGUUUUAAGUAACAUUUAAACAUUCUUAGCCGUUGUAUGUGUAUGCUAUUAUAACCUUAAAACAUAUAGCAAGUUAAGUUAAUGCUGGAGGUUCACUACUUUAAAUGAGUAUGUUUACGUUUCGUAACUUCCACAAAAAACAAAGCAAAACAGAACGAGCAAAGUUUUAAUCCAUUGUUUGUGGAAGUACAGUGACAUCUCGUAUGGCGUCAUUUGUGAUGGUGGUUUAAACUUUUUUAUUUCUUAUUUUGCCAAAAACUGUGGUCAAGUUCCAAACUGUACAACCUCAGUGGAGUUCGACUUUAGAGGUUCUUCCAUAAUGCGAUAUUUUGGGUGUCCCCAAAAUCUGACAUCAUUCGAAAUCUGAAUAUCUGAUUAACUACCUGCCUUACUUAGGCAAACAAAACUUAUUUAAAUUAAUUUUAUAAGCGAUUUCACAAGGCUUCACCACACGCCAGUGUCGUACGAGAAAUGUGUAUAUCCAUCGAUGCUCUUCUUGCAGACUUUCUGGGACUUGGCACAAAUGUUUCCCGAACCUUUUUGACGAUAUCUUCCGAUACUGGUGAUCGUCCAGAUUCGUUUACCCUACACAGACAGCCUUCCUUUUUUUGUGUGUGCGCCAUUUCCAAAUCUGCUUUUCAAUUGGUGUAUUUGUAUGGAUUUUGACACUGCGCACGCUUGUUUGAUUUGUUCUAACAUUUACAAAAUGGCUAUUCUUCUUGAUGAAACUUUAUCAUUUGAGCGAGGAUUGGCUAUUAUUAGACUCUAUUUUCAUUUACCUGUUUCUAUCCACUUGCUGUGAUAACCUACUGAAUGUCUUUAUUAUUUUCAUUGGGAGACAGCACAUGUACAUCAGUUAAAUAAAACAAAUGUAUUAACAAAGCAGAAUUUUACCGUUGUGGUGACAUGAUCGAUUUUCAGUUCUGUUUGUCACAGGCCCAUGAAAAGCAUGUGUCAUUGAGUUGUUUGUUUCUGUUUUUAGGAUUUAAAAAAAAAAAAAAAUAAAUCAUUAUUUUACAAGAAACUGAAGUGGGGUGGUACUUGAGCUGGUAGUUGAGUACUACAACUCCAUGAAUAUCCCUGAAAUAUGCCUUCAAUACCAGUAUGUCAAAAAUGGGUUAAAUGAAAUUUAGGUGAGGGACCAGACAAAGCACAACUCCAAAAACCUUUAUGAUGACAAACAAGUCAGGAAGACGUUUUCCCUUGCCCGAAUGUGGGUCACCGGGGCCCCCCUCUGGAGCCAGGCCCGGAGGUGGGGCUCGAAGGCGAGCGCCUGGUGGCCCGG